GCGAGAUUUGCGCGUAUAGCUGGUUUCUGGCCGUGCUUCGCAUUACAAGACAGAUCUCGGCUCGCAUCGAUCCAAGCGCUGCGUUUCGAGCAUCGCUGCGCUUGGAAAAGCUGCCUCUGGACCUCAGCCAUCCAUGGUUGCGACGCGCCGCUCGCGGUCGCAGAGGCGCGCUGGCCACUCGUCGGGGACGGAUGCUGCCCGCGCGUCGUCGCCGCAGCGAUUCAUAAGCUUUGCAGCGGUGCGCUGGGCAAUAGUGGCAGCGAUCGCGGCCGUCGCGCUGCGACGCAAAGCGCCAGCGCCAGGCAUAUGUCCGGUCGACCCGGCGGCGUGUCAUUUCUCGCAGCACCUCGACGGCGCGCGAUCCUUGCUCCGCAUGCGCGCCGCCGCGCUCAAAGACGUCUGCAACGUCUCGGUGAGUCGGCUACCGGAGGUGGCGCCAGGACUCGCCACCGACGCGGUUGUUGUGGACAACUGCGCUGGAGCUAACUGCAGUACGCUGGUGCACCUGUCCGGGGUCCACGGCGUCGAGGGCUACGUGGGCAGUGCCAUCCAGAGCGCGUUGUUUCCAAUGGGCGUGGGGCGAGAAUCCCGGCGACCGCUGUCCGCCGCGCAACACGCGGGCCGUCCUGAUCCAUGCCGUCAAUCCUUUCGGGAUGGCGUACGGGAGGAGAUGGAAUGAAAAGGGCGUCGACCUGAACAGGAACGCUUUGAGGUUGAGUGAACCGUUCGAAGGCCUUGUCGAUCGGAGACGAGACGUGGAGGAUGCCUACGCGGAGCUGGCAUCGCUGUUGAAUCCGACGUCGUGGAGCGAAGCCAAAUUCUGGUGGCGGGCGCUCUCUACGGUAGCGCGCAAGGGCUUCGUCGCGACUAAACGGGUCCUCGUGAGUGGCCAGUAUUCGGUACCCAAUGGCCUGUGGUUCGGAGGAACCGAACUACAAAAAUCCCACAAGUACGUGCUCAAGUUUCUCGGGAAAGUGGUGCCGCCGUCGAGCCGUAUUUUCUUGGUCGACGCGCACACGGGGCUGGGACCUUCUGGCGUCGACACGCUGAUGGCGUUGGGUGACGACGCUUCGCUUGACGGAGUCCGACACGUCUUCGGCGAGCCGGACGGGACGUUUCUGUACGGAGAGACUGCGACGGGUGCCGCUUCGGGCUACGAUGCUACCAUAGGCGACGUGCCGCGCGGUUACGCGGACCGACUCGGCUGGACGAACGCGCGCGGCCUCACCCAAGAGUUUGGCACCGUUCCUGGCUUACUCGUUGCGCGCGCGCUGGUCCGCGAGAACGCGGCCUGGCACCACGGCGACGAGGACGAGCAGAGAGCCGCGGCGCGGGACGUGCGGGACGCGUUCUGCGUCCCGUCGGCCGCGUGGCAGGCGUCGGUCGUGGAGCGCGGCGUGACGGUGGCUCGGCAGGCGCUUGCGGGGUUGGCGGCUGGGCGGCUGCCCUAGG